UGAUCUGUCACGGAUCUGUUUUGGAAAAACAAAACAUGAAUAUCGACGACAAUUUUGAGCAUGGGUCGUUUAUCGUCGCUAAACUGAAUCAAAUYCAAUUCUGUCGACGAGAUUAAAUGCACAAAGAGAGAAAAUACAUCCCUGGAGAGCGCUAAAUUGCUGACAUUCGGAAUAAUUAGGGAUUUUUUGUACAAGAAAAAGUGUUUGCAGUCUGGCACAGUACUCGAUGCGGAAAAAAAACAUWAACUGACGUACACUCCGUAAAUAGACGACCCCUUGAAAGAACAUAUAAAUACGUUUGCUGAAUUUGGUGGUUUUUCUGUUUUGAGCUUCGAUCAAGUCAAGAGAGAACAAAAAUAAAGUGUUGCUUUUGUCCUUUGCGUAACUAACGCGCGGCUGACAGGCACCGAUCUACUUCGAUUCUUCCUUCAGACAGAUGGAAUUCAGUACACUUCCACCAAGUUAUGAUUGCAUUCUAGGGAUUUAUAAUGUUCCUUGUUUUGUGUGCUAUCUUCAUGGGAGUUCCUCCAACGCAGUCAUGGUCAGAGACUGCUGCAAGGGGUUUUUAUGCGCCGACUGUCUUCGCUGUCACAUCGAGACCAAAAUAAAGCAAGCCAUUGUAAAAAUUGUAUGCCCUCUGGAGGACUGCGAUAGCUUUGUUCCUAAUGAAGAGAUUAAGGAACUAGCUUGUCCUGAGCUAUAUUUGAAGUUUGAGCAGUUUCUAGUCGAUAUUGAACAAAAUCCAAACGUCAAAACAUGCCCGAAUUGYUCGAGGAUUUUCACUUUUGAGCCACCGACGACYGAAGAACCUGAAGCGAAUAGCAACAAAACGUCGAAGUCUAUUGAGMGGAAAAAAAUAUCUGAAAGAACUAAAGUAACCUGCGAUGACUGUCAUUUGGUKUGGUGUUUUGAAUGUCAGGCUCCUUGGCAUUAUGGAAUGACAUGUAAAGACUUUGGAAAGGGGGAUAAAUCACUAAAAAUAUGGGCAAAAAAUAAAGGACAAUUCUUCAGAAAUGCAACGAGGUGUCCAAAGUGUCAAAUAUUUAUACAAAAAUUCGCUGGCUGUGAUCAUAUGGUUUGCACCAGGUGUCGUACAGAAUUCUGUUAUCGCUGUGGCUGCAGAUUUCGCAGUAUGUACUUCCUGGGCGACCAUCACGAUCCUCUUAGUGUMUUUGGCUGUAAAUAUAACUACAAGCCAGGUAGUCCCACACAAAGRGUAUUGGUACGUGGAGCAGUUUUGAGUGGAAAACUCCUUGCUUUGCCCUUUGUGGCUGGUCUAGUAGCUAGUGCUGGAUGUAUUGUCUUGGGAGCUGGYGUGGUAAUAGUUCCUGGUUAUGUGUCGUACCGAAUGAUUAAGAAGAAGAAAAUUAAGGGGAAAUUCAACUGGCAGCUCAAUGAUAAUUCAUUAUAACAUUGACUCAACAAAAAGGMAGAAUAUCUUUCAUGCCAUUUCAAAUCAUGGACAAUGUACACUAAUGUUUGWAACCUCAAAACAUUAUAUUACAGUAUAAAACUAUCAGGAUGUACAGUAUUUUGGUAUUAAAUAUUACCAAUUAUUAAGCACUCUAGUAAGAUGUUAAACUGCUCAAUAAAAUACAUGUUAAAGAUU